AUGGGUAGCACUCCCUUGCGCCAACAACUUAGCCUCAUGAGGCAAUCAUUCUUUGAUGAGGUCUUCUUCUUCUUCUUUUUUAUUUUGGGUGUUGGCCAACUUUUGCCAUCAAUUAUCCUUGGUGAUGGAAAGGGCAAUGAAGCAUUUUCUCUAAGGAAGAAUUUCGAAGUGAUUUAUGGACUUCUGGACCAUGGACAAGUGAGUUAUCUUGAGACUCUUGAAAAUGAAGAUGAUCCUGACUUCAUUGAAGAUGUGUUUAGCUUGUUUUUGAGGGAUUCAUCUCGAUACAUUGCUGCUAUUGAUAAGGCAUUGGAGACAACCCCUGAUGAUUAUCCCUUCAUCCUCGAAAGAAUGAUGUAUCGGCUUAAGGGCAGUAGUGCAAGAGCUUCUCUACUUUGGACUUGGAAAAUGGCUGCUCCCAUUCUUUUCUUUGGAUUCCUGGCUUUGUCCUUCUCCUUUGCCCUAGCAUCGGAUCCAAGCCCACUUCAAGAUUUCUGUGUGGCCGAUGGAGAUAGCAAUGGUAUAUGUAAAUCUUUCUUGUCAAUGGUUUGGCUUGCAAGGAUCCCAAGAAGGUUCAAGCUGAGUCACUUCUCUUUCAGUGGACUUCACUUGGCAGGCAACACAUCAAAUGCAGUAGGGUCUAGGGUAACCACAGUUAAUGUGGCCCAAAUACCAGGACUUAACACUCUUGGAAUUUCUCUUGUUCGCAUUGACUAUGCACCAUGGGGUAUCAACCCUCCACACACACACCCUCGUGCCACCGAAAUCUUGACAGUCCUUGAAGGUUGUCUUGAAGUUGGAUUUGUUACAUCUAACCCUGAAAACCGUCUCAUCACAAAAAUUCUACAAAAGGGUGAUGUGUUUGUGUUUCCUAUUGGUCUUGUUCAUUACCAAAGAAAUGUGGGAAACGGUAAUGUUGUUGCCAUUGCAGCCUUGAGCAGCCAGAAUCCAGGUGUGAUCACCAUUGCAAAUGCUGUGUUUGGUUCUAGCGCAGAGAUUCCUGUUGACAUUCUUGCAAAGGCUUUCCAGUUGGACAAGAAUGUCUCUUUUAUGGAUGAAUCCAAUUACCAAAAUUUUGAGAAUCGCAAUCUAAUUAAACGAUAUAUAGAGAAUCAAUCAUCGAAUGUGAAGGAGAAGGUCAAGCAAGAACACCAUGAAGAUAUACCAUUCAGCUUGUUAUCUUAUAAGUGUUUGCAUUUGCAUAUCUUUGAUGGCAUAUAG